UGAUCCUUCAUUUCCAGUCUCAUUUUUUUUUUCUUUUUCCCGAUUAAAUGCUGCCAUUUCCAUCUCCAUUUUCAACGUCACCACCAGGGUUCUGAUUAAUGAAGGAAUCUCGAUCUCCAACUCCGGCCACCUCCAUCGUCUUCUUCCUCAAGUUUACUGCACUGUCCUCUCUGCUGCUCUCCAUAUGCGUAGUUCCUGCACGUAUGACUGUCAAAGGAGGCACAAGCCAGGCAUGCGCCGCUUGCAAAUACCAAAGAAGAAAGUGCUCGGAUCAGUGUCCACUUGCUCCAUAUUUCCCGGCUAGCAAUCCAAAAUUGUUUCAAAACGCACAUCGGUUAUUCGGAGUCAGCAAUAUGAUGAAAAUACUAAAGAAAGUGAAUGACGAUCAGAAGCACGACGCGAUGCAGUCUAUUAUAUACGAGUCCAACAUGCGGCAACGGUUCCCUGUUCAUGGGUGUUGUGGAAUAUUACGCCAACUUUAUCAGCAAGUGCAGCAAGCAAUGGAUGAACUGUGUCAUGUAAAUGCGAGGCUUCACAUGAUCAGAGAACAGCAGUUUCACUGUCAAAAUAAUAACAAUAAUCUCCCUCUCCCUCCAACACCUUCACAGCAUUUGCAGCAGCCGAUGAUUGGGAGUAAUAUUAUUCCAGUGUAUCCAUAUCAGUUUGAUCAGCAGCAUCAUCAUCCUCCUCCUCCUCCAGUUCUAAGAACGCCUGUUGCGCAUGUUGGGCCUUCUAACCAGUUGUUGACAAAGGAAAACAAAGGGAGUCAUGUAGAAAUCAACAAGAAGACAGAAAGAUUAUUAUGGGGUCAGCCAGAUUUUGAUAAUAUUAAUGUUUGGAAGAAUCAAUGAAGGUUAGAGAUCCAUUCCCAAGAGUGAACUCAAGACUGCUGCAGCUAGCUUGAGCCUUCUUCAGUCUCACCAGCAUAAACUCACUGAAAGGAAGAAAAAGAAAAGGGAAAACUCACGGAAAUGAAGAAAAAGAAAAGGGA